ACUUUUGGACUCGGGACAUAAUCAUGAUUAGCGUCAACCCACCGCCUAACUACAUAAAUUAUUCGUCCAUCUUACACUUCACAUUCUAAUCCAAAUGUGUAAGAAUGCAGACAAGUAGAGAAGUGAAGCAGAAGCAGAAGCAGCUUCAAACUAGAGGAUGCAGGGCACUCUGCUGUGCUCGUAGGCUUAGCGUGUCUUCAUUUGCAGAGGACGAAAGCUCAAUCAACUCACGUAGAGUUGAGAGUGUUUCGACUAUAUCACAUGCAAUGGUACAAGAAAGGCUGGAAGAAAUGAUCAGAGAAAGACAGGAAAAUACAAGGGCAAGACGAGAAGAAACAAAGUUCAUUGUGAUGGUGGCGAUGGAGAAGUGCUCUUAUGAUCCAAGACAGGAUUUCAGAGAGUCCAUUGAGCAGAUGAUUUUGGCCAACAGGAUUGAGGAGGCUAAGGAUUUGCGUCGACUCUUGAAUUAUUACGUGACAAUGAAUUCUGAGGAGUUUCGGGGAGUUAUACUUGAGAAAUAUUCACGAAUUUUCAAUUAUCAAGUAAAUCUGACAGCAGCCAGACAACUGAAUGAAAAACAAGCUAUAAUAGAGACGAUUAUGAAUGUCUAA